AUGCUCCGGGAGAUUCUCCUUCGCCUCCCGCCGCGCCCUUCCUCCCUCCCGCGGGCCUCCCUCGUCUCCAAGCGUUGGCUCAGCCUCGUCGCCGAUCCCCAAUUCCAACGCCGCUUCCGCGACCACCACGGCAAGCCUCCUCUCCUUGGCUUCUUCGUCGACGACAAUCGCUCCUGUCCGUUUGUCCCAAUGCUGGGCCGACCGGAUCGCAUCCCCCGCGCUCGCUUCUCCAUCCCUCCCAACAAGGACGACCGCAUCCCCCGCGCUCGCUUCUCCAUGUCUCCCAACGGGGACAACCGCAUCGUCGACUGCCGCCACGGACUUGUACUUUUCCUCGGCCGCGGCCCGCCGCACCACCUACUUGUGUGGGACCCCGUCGCCCGCGAGCAGCGCCGCCUGUUCCUCCCACCAGAGCUGGACUUCUUCAACGCAGCGGUGCUUCGCCCUACCCGUGGCCAUUUCCAGGUGGCCCUGAUAACAUAUGCAGGAAUGACAAGAUUUUCCGCAUGCCUUUACUCAUCGGAGACUGGCAUAUGGGGCAAUAUCAACUCACUGGAGCUGGAAUCGUAUAUACUACCUUUGGAAGGAGCCAGUACUUUGAUUGGGAAUUCCUUUUGCUGGUUACUUACGGGUCGUUAUCGCCAUGUCAUACUUGAGUUUGAUCUGGAUACACAGAGCCUAGCUGUGACAGAGCUGCCACCACUCGAAGGCGACCAAGAAUUAAGGAUUGUACCUGCCCAAGAUGGUGGGCUUGGCUUCAUCCAUGUCUCACAAUUCCAUGCCCAAUUAUGGAAGAGAAAGCCUGAUUCUGAUGGUUUGGCUUUGGCUGUAUGGGUGCUCGAUAAAGCUAUUGAAUUUGAGGAGCUCAGAUCAACUUACAAGGGAGACUCCAUCACUUUAGUGGGGUUUGCUGAGGAGAGUAAUGCAGUCCUUGCACUGACAGUUUCUGGUGUCUUCAUGGUCAACCUCCAGUCAGUGGAGUUUAAGAAAAUUUCCAAUGUGAGGUCCAAUUUUUCCUAUUAUCCAUUUGCAUGUUGCUAUGCUGCAAGUAAUAACAAGCCUUCAUAUAAUUUACUUCACAGUGUUAUAAAUAAAUUUAAUUUUUACUAG